AUGCCACAGAUCAACUCAGAUGUGCAGAAACAAGUGAAGACGUUUCGAUUUGAGAAGGCUUGUGGCGGAAAAGGCUUUUACUAUGAGGCCGAUUCUAUUGCACUGGAUAUAGCUGCAGGCAGGAAGCAAAGUGAGAUCAUGCCGCUGGAUGAAACCUUGAGGGCGAUGCGACUUAUAGACGAGGCAAGGGCAAAGGGAGGUGCCAAAUUUCCUCAAGACGAUGAUUAA